CUGUCAACCAUGACACGCAUCGAUAAAGAACUUCUCUAUUUAUGCUUUGCGCUCGGUCGUUCGAUUCUCGUAGUGAUCAACAUCAGAUCAUUUCCCCCAAGUUAUUGCCAGAGUUCCUAACCCCUCCAGAUUGCGAAGACGCCGCAAUUCUGGUGCCAGAUCGGCCACCCGCAAACUCGGUGAACAGGUCUAUGGGACAAACAUAAUGCUAGCGUGUCAAUAAUGUGAUGUGUGAGCGACCGAAUAUUGAAACUUUCGGGCCCUGCAAAGCUUGAUAGAGAAAGAGGAAGAAUGUGACCGAUCUGGCAGCGAUGACUGCCGAGUAUCUAUCUGUCCAGGGAAACAUUUAAUAUGCAGCACCGUUGCCAUCGUCGAGAUGGCUCUGGUGAUUUCAAAUAGUUGCAGCCACCUUGCUCGUUCUUCAACGGUUCAUUCAUUCUAAUCCUCGUUUCUUUCCUUUAACGCUUUUGCAGAACCUUCGCACAGACUGCCCGCCAUGUCACUCGAUCAGGUCUCCGGCAAUGGCACUCAAGGCGACUUUGAGCAUCCAAAUCAGAAUCUGCGCCGAUCUAUUAUCAUUGCGCUGUACUUCGCCUUCAUUCUGUCCACAGCUGCAGUUGUUUUGCGCCUGGUGGCGAGAAAGAUCAAUGGAACGAGGUUGUACCUCGAUGAUUAUCUGAUUCUCGUGGCCUUGUUGUUCAAAUACGGAUGCUCAAUAGGAGUGACCAUUCUCCUGUUCAAUGGCUUAGGAUCGCAUAUAGACAUGAUUCCCGAGAAGAACCUGGAGGCUUACUACCAGAUCGGAUGGUCCAACUCGUUCGUGUACACCGGAUGUAUCCUCUUCAUCAAGCUCUCGAUUCUUGCCUUAUACAAACGGCUCUUCUCCGUUCCUCGCAUGAUUAUCGUCGCCAAUGCCAUCGCGGCGUUUGUCAUCCUCUGGGCUCUAGGUAUAUUCCUGGUCGGUGCCUUGAUGUGUUUGCCGGUCCAGAAGUUCUGGAAGCCUUCGAUCGAGGGAUCGUGCAUCGACUCGGCCAGUUUCUAUUACGGACAGCAGAUUCCGAAUAUUUUGACGGACCUGAUCAUUCUCAUUAUGCCAUUGAAGAUUGUUUGGGCUCUACCGAUCUCAAAGACGCAGAGACUUUUGCUUUCCGGGGUCUUCAUGGUCGGAGGACUGACAUUGAUCUUCGAUAUUGUACGAUUGGUGGCUAUGAUCGAGUUCACGAAAGCUGGGCCCGAUAUCACCUACAACCAAAUCCCCGUUGUUGUCUGGACGUGCAUCGAAGCGGCAGUAGGCAUCACUGCUGCGUGUCUUCCCAACCUGAAGCCUCUAUUCAAAGUCACCCACCGUCAAUUCUGGUCUCGGAUCGGAUCGCAGUCCAAGGAGGAGAAUUUCAGAAGAUCCCACGGGCUGUCGGAUGCCACCACUCUUUACGCUUAUGCCACUCAGACUCAGUACAGUCAUCACACUGAAUGCACCAAAGCAUAGUCUUUAGUGUUCCUGUCUCUGUCUUUUUUUCGUCUUUCCCUUGCGGUUUAUUUCAUUGCCGAGAAAAGCCGUACUCACCUUUCGUUCACUUCCCUUCUCUUCAUUGAUAUAUACUUUUCCAAUCAUCAUCAUGUACAAACUAUACCAAAUGGCUGUUUGAUAAAUACAGU